GGCCACAGCGCAGCAUGUUGCGGGCAGCGGUGUGCAGCGCGGCCCGGCUCUGCCGCGGCCCGGCCCGGCUCCGCGCGCCGCUCUCGGCCGCCGCCGCCGCCAUCCCCGCGCCCAACCCGCAGCCUGAGAUCUCCUGCACCAAGAUUUUUAUUAAUAAUGAGUGGCACGAUGCCAUCAGCAAGAAAACCUUCCCUUCUGUCAAUCCWGCAACAGGAGAAGUCAUCUGCCAGGUGGCUGAAGGCGACAAGGCCGAUGUGGACAAGGCCGUGCAGGCAGCCAGGGCGGCCUUCCAGCUGGGCUCGCCCUGGAGAAGGAUGGACGCUUCGCAGCGGGGGAGGCUGCUCCACCACCUCGCCGACCUCAUUGAGCGGGACCGCGCGUACCUGGCCGCGCUGGAGACUCUGGAUAACGGCAAACCAUACUCUAUUGCCUACUUGGUGGAUCUGCCCAUGGUGGUGAAAUGUCUCAGAUAUUUUGCAGGCUGGUCUGAUAAAUUCCAUGGAAAAACUAUCCCUUUAGAUGGAGAUUUCUUCUGUUACACAAGACACGAGCCAGUGGGAGUCUGUGGACAGAUAAUCCCAUGGAACUUCCCGCUGUUGAUGCAAGCUUGGAAACUUGGGCCUGCCCUGGCGACUGGGAAUGUGGUUGUGAUGAAAGUGGCGGAGCAAACACCCCUGAGCGCUCUCUAUGUCGCUAGCCUGGUCAAAGAGGCGGGAUUCCCACCCGGCGUGGUUAACAUCAUUCCCGGCUACGGGCCUACGGCAGGGGCUGCCAUCUCUUCCCACAUGGACGUUGACAAAGUGGCCUUCACUGGCUCCACAGAGGUUGGGCACCUGAUCAAGAAGGCCGCAGCAGAAAGUAACCUGAAGAGGGUGACACUGGAGCUUGGAGGAAAGAGUCCAAAUAUCGUCCUGUCCGAUGCUGACAUGGGCUGGGCUGUGGAGCAGGCCCAUUUUGCCCUCUUCUUCAACCAAGGGCAGUGCUGCUGUGCUGGAUCCAGAACGUAUGUCCAGGAGGAUAUUUACCAAGAGUUUGUGGAGAGGAGUGUGGAGAGAGCCAAGGCCAGGGUGGUGGGCAAUCCGUUUGACUUCAAAACCGAGCAGGGACCUCAGGUAGAUGAGGAGCAGUUUAAGAAGAUCCUUGGCUACAUUAGCACUGGGAAGCGUGAAGGAGCCAAACUGCUGUGUGGUGGCAACCCGGCUGCAGACAGAGGCUACUUCAUCCAGCCGACCGUCUUUGGAGACGUGCAGGACAACAUGACGAUUGCCAGGGAGGAGAUAUUUGGGCCAGUCAUGCAGAUCCUGAAGUUUAAAACUAUCGAGGAAGUGAUUGAGCGAGCAAAUGACUCCAAGUACGGUCUAGCAGCAGCAGUCUUCACAAAAGAUCUCGACAAAGCCAACUACGUGUCGCAGGCUCUGCGCGCCGGCACUGUGUGGAUAAAUUGUUAUAACGUGUUUGGCGCACAAGCCCCAUUUGGUGGCUACAAGACAUCAGGAAAUGGGCGAGAGCUGGGAGAAUACGGUCUGGAUGCAUACCUGGAGGUGAAAAACGUGACAAUCAAAGUCCCACAGAAAAACUCCUAAGAGGCAGUAGCUUCGCCAUACAUUUGACCUAUGCAGCUUCAUGAGAUACAACACAAGGAACCCUCCUCUUAAAACACACAAAAGUUACCUGGAGAACACAUAACUCCAUGUUUACCUGAUAAAGCAAUGUUUCCUGAGGGAGUUUUUGCUUAAAACCUUACUUGGCUUUAACCCUUUAAAUACCAAUUACAGUCUUAUGCAAUCAAAUACUAUUACUGCAUCUGUAUCUAAGAAUGUGCUUUUUUAAAGAAAAUAUUGUUACUUUUCUAAUCUGCAGGCGGCUUUUUAAUGACAUCAUAGCUAGCUGCAUAAGCAAAAUCCUUAACCUCCACACCUACCCCCCGCUCCGUAAACAAAAUAAAAUGAGAUUCAGRUCUGUAACGCAGCAGGACGAUAACUCAUCCAUGUGAAUUUGUGAGGUAAAAGUUGGUUCUCACCUGCUUGUACCCRCUCUCAUUGUAUCUACUCAUAAUAAACAUU